GUCGAACAGUGCUAUCGCCAAGGCUCAGCACUAGACUUCCCCAAACGCCCCGAAUGGUCCUAUGGCGAGACCAAGGAGCAAGUCCUGGAAAAGGAGGAGCGUAGUUUCAAGGAAUAUCUCUUCCGUCUUCGUCAAUCCUUUGCCGAAGACGAACUCUCGUACUUUGAACUGAAUCUCGAGACCUGGCGUCAGUUGUGGCGUGUGCUUGAGGUCUCAGAUAUACUCUUUAUCAUCGUUGAUAUUCGCUAUGCGCCGCUUCACUUUUCUCCUGCCCUCUUCGACUACGUGACCAAGGAGCUGGGACGCAAGGUUCUCAUCAUUUUGAACAAGUGUGACCUUGUGGGGGAGCCCACCACGACGGCUUGGAAAGAAUACUUUAUCAAGACCUUUCCUGGCGUAUAUGUGGUCACCUUCACCUCAUUCCCCUCGCCAGCACGGUCUCCUCAUCAUCAUCGGUGUUUGCGUCGACUUGGACGCGGUCUUUGCAUUGCUGCCAACAUGUCGGAGCAGCAACUGCUUCAGCGUGAGUCUGAGCAGGGCCUCAAUGCGGCGGACCGGGACUGGCUUGAUGCCAACUUUCCCUCAAAGUCUGCUGCCGCCACUGACGGCAAACUUGCCGCGGCUGCCAAGGCCUCCAAGGCUGACGCAAGCAAGGACUGCCCCACCCGCCCCGAGCUCGUCGAACGGGAUACCAACUUUAUCACCAUUGGUAUGAUUGGACAACCAAACGUUGGCAAGAGCACCAUCAUCAAUAGCUUGGUCAAGCGCCCGGUAGUUUCAACAAGCCAGACUCCCGGCCACACCAAGCACUUUCAGACCAACUUUCUUUCCAGUCACAUUCGCUUGUGCGAUUGUCCCGGCCUAAUCUUUCCUUCCCUUGUCCCACGACCUCUGCAGGCAAGUUUCAUUGUGGCCGGGCAGUACCCCGUGGCUCAAGUGCGGGACCCCUACACGCCCAUUGGAUUUGUGGCGGAGCGCAUUGACUUGGUCAAUAUGCUCAAGAUUAAACACCCUGAGCUCAUGGACGUCAAGGGUAAGAACGAGGAGCGGAAGGCCCCGGAGUGGACGCCGUGGGACAUUUGCGAGGCUUGGGCCUACGCACGCCAGUACUUUACGGCAAAAGCGGCGCGGCCUGAUGUCUAUCGUGCUGCCAACGACCUCCUUCGGCACGCAGUCGAGGGACGCAUUGUUCUUUCCAUCAAGCCGCCGGGUUAUUUUGAUCGAUAUGGCACCGACGUUGUGGACCAGCAUCAGAACCUGGGUACGAUAACAGCGCACACACUUUUGUGUUGCGAGUAA